GAAACGCAGAGAGACGGGCUGCUGGUGGCGAAGAUGGCGGAUGGGGACAGUGGCAGUGAGCGCGGUGGCAGCAGCGGCGGUGGAGGGGGUGGUGGCGGAGGUUUCCAGCACUACCAGCGGGAGUCGGAGACCCAGGAGCUGGCCUCGAAGCGGUUGGACAUUCAGAACAAGCGCUUCUACCUGGACGUGAAGCAGAACGCUAAAGGCCGGUUCAUUAAAAUCGCCGAGGUGGGUGCCGGGGGCUCCAAAAGUCGACUGACCCUGUCCAUGUCAGUGGCGGCGGAGUUCCGUGACUACCUGGGGGAUUUUAUAGAGCACUACGCCCAGCUGGGGCCUAGCACUCCGGAGCAGAUUGCUCAGUCAUCCGGUGGGGAUGACACCGGGCCUAGACGGGCCUUGAAGAGCGAGUUCCUGGUGCGGGAGAACCGCAAAUACUACCUCGACCUAAAAGAAAACCAGCGGGGCCGCUUCCUCCGGAUCAGACAGACCGUAAACCGAGGCCCGGGGUUCGGAGUCGGUAUGGGCGGCAUGCAGGGUGCUGGCAUGCAGGCCGGGCAAACCAUCGCUCUCCCGGCUCAGGGCUUAAUUGAGUUCCGUGAUGCCCUCGCCAAGUUAAUAGACGACUACGGGGGAGAUGAGGAGGAGCUGUCCGGUGGCGGAGGGGCCGGGGGUUACAGCGAGCUCCCCGAGGGCACCUCCAUCAUGGUGGACUCCAAGCGUUUCUUCUUUGACGUGGGGUCCAACAAGUACGGAGUGUUCCUCGAAGUUAAACCCAGUUACAGAAACUCUAUAACUAUCCCGUUUAAAGCAUGGAGUAAGUUUGGAGGGGCGUUCAGUCGCUACGCAGAGGAGAUGAAAGAGAUCCAGGAGCGGCACCGGGAUAAGAUGUACGAGAGGAGAGGCGGAGAGGAGUCCGAGGGGGACGAUGUGGACGACGACUGAGCCAGCGCUGCUGCUCGGGAGGAAGCUGACAACAUGAUGCAAAGCCUGGAGAUUAACAGAAAGAGAGGAGCGACUUAUGUGCAUGACGAACUUUAAAAACAACGGAGUUAAUUAAAAGUAUAAUUGACUGAAAAAUUUACUGUCUAUAUAAGAGAAUGAUGUUUAAGUGUAGGUGGAUGUUAUAGAUAAGUGAGUACAGACUGCAGUAGUCAGCUCCUGUUUAAGAUUCCCCUUAAUUAAAUAAUAUAUAAGUAUAUAUGAAUAUAUAUGAUUGUCCGUUUGAUAACCUCAAGCAGCCCAACAAAUUAAGCUUGACAGUGCUGGAGACAGGAUGCACUUGGUCCCACUUCCUGGUUGUGCAGUGCUAGAACUCACCUGGUGCAGGACAGGUGUAGGAUGGGGGCUCUAUGGGAAGACAGCCCCCCUGGCCCAUCACCAUGGCUGUUGUGUGUGUGCUUUUCUGUCCUAUUGUCUCACCUGGACCAGCCCAGAUCAAACCCAACCCACAGAGCCAGCUUGAGGAGGGCAUAGGGCAUGGCAGGGCACCCACAUCCAUUAUGGUGAUCUGUUACAAGCACACUGCUCAUUUGGAUUUUGAGGACAAUCCAAAAGAGCUUAAAUGGCCCUGUAUCCCUUGUCACUCCUCCCUCGAGUGUUGAUGUCCUGUCCCACUGCUUUAGGGUGUCUCAGGGUUGCCGUGUCCCUCCUGUACCUAGGGGUCUGUCUUCACCUGAGCGUCUCUUGCUUGUGUCAGCUGCUGUUAUCUGGCUGGAUGCGGGCCCAUGUGUUUUGUGACCUCAAUGACCUUAGUCUCCGAUGGGCAGCAGGUCUCUAGCAUUGGUCUCCAAGAAAAAGCUUAAUGUUGCUGGGCUUGAGCGACAGUCUCCAGGGAACUGGCCUUGUUGACGUACAUAGGGUGCACCAUUUGGAUCCUUUAAUCUUGAACUCAGACCAAUAACGACUGAAGCAGAUUCAGUCUGAUUGUAAGAAUUUAGGUGCUUUUUGGAAAACAAAAACCCAUCCGCCGGGUGCUAUAAGGAAAGAAAAAGAUAUAUAUAACUUACUGGAAGAGAUUUAGUUACAACAGAUCAAUUAUAGAUAGAAUUAUUUUUCAAAAGAGAUUUAUUGCAAUAUGUCUUAGAGAUAUAAGACAUUUAUUAGAUAAUGCUGCCUAAAGUGGCUUAUUUAAAACACUAAGCUUGGAUGCAAAUGUCCAGGGUAAUAUUUCAUACCUGCUUUUUCCUAACAUUUCUGUUAUUCCUUAGAGGAAGUAAAAAGAGUACACAAAUUGAUAACAGUAUGUUAUUGCAAUUUCUAUUAAAACAAAUAUGACUUCAUUGAAGUAGUUUGUCAGCAAACUUUCAGCACUCCAGUUCACUUUACAAAGCAUCAAGUUGUCCCUUGUUUCAGUCCACCGUUCAUGUCUCUCACUAUACGGCUUUACAUCAGUUCGAUGCAAACAUAAACAUCGCUACAUUUAGUCUGUAGUGUUCCUUUCCAAUAUGGUCAUAUUUUUGCAUGCCUGCUCCUGCGCCGAGCCGCCUUGUGUUUUUUCUUUUGCAUAUUCUGAUUGCUGUAUGAUGGUAUUUAUCCAGUUGGAGAGCGGUUUUAAGAUUUCUUUAUGUAUUGCAUUGGAAAGUUUAUUCUCAGCCUAAUAAAAGCCACAAAGUUCCCACGCUUUGGGGAAUGUCACGUUCAUUGUCCCGCUUCCUUUGACACCUCGUUGAAUUUUACUUUAGCCAUGUUGACACAGCAGACAAAUGCCAUACUAAAAUAUACACCUGGGAGCAAUAUCUUUCUUUUCUAUUGAAGUAUAUAUGAUAUUACACAUACAAUUGAACUUCACCCUUCUUCCUGUACUGUGUUAUGUGAAAUGGCAGCUGUUUCAGUCAUGUGUGUUCUGCUGUAAUAUUCUAAAAAGUUCCUUUCAACGAGAAAUAAAACUAUGUUUUUGCUCA